CAGACAGAGCGUGUGCGGUCACAUCACAUGUUCUAACUGUAAUCUCUCUCUUAUCAAUUCCUCCUCCUUCACUCUCUCCCUCUCUGAAACCCGAAACAGCGGAUCGGGCCGUAUCCGGAGCGUAUAUCGGGGGGUAUCUGAAAGGUAGAAUUGUACGGUGGAGGUGGUACUACCAUAGGAGAAGGAGCAUCGAAGAAUGAUACUCAGCUGCUGCGUUGGGUCAUCAUCAUCAUAUCAGUUACAGAACGAAAAUGGGAAACUGCGGUACCAGAGAGGAGUCUGCCGUCGUUGCUAACGCUCAAGUUCAGCAACUGCAAAACCCCCCCUCUGAGAAGAAACACAACCGUUCUUUCUCGGAUUUAAGUGAUCCUUCAACACCUCGAAACAUUGAAGAUUCAAGAAAAAAUGCAGUGUUAUACACUAAUGUAAUUGCCUUUACCUUGUUCGAACUCGAGACCAUCACCAAGAGCUUCCGUUCAGAUUAUGUCCUCGGCGAAGGUGGAUUUGGAACUGUGUAUAAGGGAUACAUAGAUGAGAAUGUGAGGGUUGGUCUUAAAUCUCUCCCUGUUGCUGUCAAGGUCCUCAACAAGGAAGGCCUUCAGGGACAUAGAGAAUGGCUUACGGAGGUUAAUUUUCUAGGGCAGCUGAGGCAUCCUAAUCUGGUGAAGUUGAUAGGGUAUUGCUGUGAGGAUGAUCAUCGAUUACUUGUCUAUGAGUUCAUGUUCCGUGGCAGCCUUGAGAACCACUUGUUCCGAAAAACAGCUGUUCCAUUAUCUUGGGCGACGAGAAUGAUGAUCGCACUUGGAGCUGCCAAAGGGCUUGCUUUCCUUCACAAUGCCGAAAGGCCCGUUAUCUACCGGGACUUCAAGACCUCAAAUAUAUUGUUGGACUCUGAUUAUACAGCCAAACUUUCUGAUUUUGGGCUUGCAAAAGCUGGACCGCAGGGAGAUGAGAGUCAUGUGUCAACACGUGUAAUGGGAACCUAUGGAUAUGCUGCACCCGAGUAUGUAAUGACAGGUCACUUGACUGCCAGGAGUGAUGUCUACAGCUUUGGUGUUGUCCUUCUCGAGUUGUUGACAGGCAGACGGUCUGUGGACAAGACCCGGCCAAGCAAGGAACAGAGCUUGGUUGACUGGGCACGUCCCAAGCUCAAUGACAAGCGAAAGAUGCUGCAGAUCAUUGACCCCAGAUUAGAAGAUCAGUAUUCUGUGAGGGCCGCACAGAAAGCCUGCAGCUUGGCCUACUAUUGCCUUAGCCAAAACCCCAAGGCAAGGCCCCUCAUGAGUGAUGUUGUUGAGACACUGGAGCCCCUACAAAGCAGUGGUGCAGGCGAAGCCCCAACCCUGAGACCUGUGGCAGUAGGACUCCCCAAUUACCGCACACACCAGAGGUUCACAGGCAAUGGCACAGGUUGCCGGUCACCCAGCCCCAAUUGCUCGGGUAGCCCUGCCGCCUGCAGAGUGAGAUGACAAGAUUGGUCCAAAUGUGUUUGUGCAUAGGCACACAUGUAUUCCAGUUGCACCUGCUUGUUAGGUUUUUCUUUAUGGAUCUUUUGUUAUGGAUGUAAGAGGGAAGAGGUCCAGACUUGUUUGAAUAUGUACACAAGUGCCUGCUAAUUGGGUUGUCUCUUCAAAAACUGUUAAUCAUAAGGUUCUUUUUACAA